UCAUUUGGAUUGAAAUGGACGAAUCAAGCGGUUUAGGGCGGUUCAGUUAGUGCUAAUGCUCAAUGUUAUCACAAGAGUUAAUUUAAGAAGAAAAGACUUGUUUCAACGAGUGGUUCAGGCACUAAGAAUGUAUCACAAGAGAAGCGGCCUAAAGUUGUGAAUGAGGUGAGAAGGAAAGUUGAGACUAUUCGUUUUUGUUUUCCGAUGACGCGGAGCUUCCUGUUCCGAAGAAGGAAUCUCUGUCUCGAAGGAAUCUGUUGGAAACCUUCCAAGUUAGUGAAAGCAGAGGAUUCUUUUGGUAAAACCAGAGAGGAUGAUAAAGAAAAAGAAACAGAGAGAGAAAAAGAAUAUUUCUUUAUUCACGUGUAGUUAGUUCCUUUUAGCUGAUAAAAUUUCACUUUUUCUAAGUCCAAUAUUUCUUUGCCUUUUCCUUUUUUUUUUUGCUAAGAACUUUGUUUGAGUUAUCAAAUGGUGGUCACCAAAGAAGAAGAUUGUCUUCCUCCUGCGACGGAGACGCCGAGAUGUUAUUCUCCUUCAUCUACUACUCCUCUUGCGGAGUUAGAGACUGUUCGAAGCAUAGAAAUCGUCGAAUCUUCCUUUCUCUCUCCCGUUUGGUUACUAGUGAUCUUUUGCAUCAUUAACUUGUUAAACUACAUGGAUCGUGGUGCGAUAGCGAGCAACGGUGUCAAUGGAAGUACUAGGAGUUGUAAUGAUAAAGGCAAAUGCACUCUUGCAACUGGAAUUCAGGGACAUUUUAACCUAAGUAAUUUCGAAGAUGGUGUAUUGUCAUCUUCAUUUAUGGUUGGACUUCUUAUUGCAUCACCAAUCUUUGCUUCAUUGGCAAAAAGUUUCAAUCCAUUUAGACUUAUUGGAGUAGGUUUAACUGUUUGGACUAUUGCAGUUCUUGGUUGUGGCAGUUCCUUUGCCUUUUGGUUUAUCGUCUUAUGUCGUAUGUUCGUUGGUGUAGGUGAAGCUUCUUUCAUUAGUCUUGCAGCUCCAUUUAUAGAUGAAAAUGCUCCUCAAAAACAGAAAGCUGCAUGGCUGGGACUGUUUUACAUGUGUAUACCAAGUGGUGUUGCUCUUGGUUAUGUCUAUGGCGGAUACGUCGGAAAACAUAUUAGUUGGCGCUAUGCGUUUUGGGGUGAAGCUGUUUUAAUGGCUCCAUUUGCUGUCCUUGGUUUUUUAAUGAAACCUUUGCAGUUAAAAGGGUUUCCUUCUAGUGAUUCGAUAAAGACGGUUAGAUCAAUUGAAGUAAUCGCUUCAUCAGUAGGCUCAGAGACAUCGAAAAACAACAAUCGUCUUCAGGUUGGUAAUGAGAUUGAGCAUGAUCAGUUUGAGGUCUCAAUUGAAACUAGCAAGUCAAGUUAUGCGAAAGCGGUUUUAAAUUCAUUUACUGGAUUUGCAAAAGACAUGAAAGUUCUGUAUAAAGAAAAGGUCUUUGUUGUUAAUGUAUUAGGUUAUGUAUCAUACAAUUUUGUUAUAGGAGCAUACUCAUAUUGGGGACCAAAGGCGGGUUAUAAUAUUUAUAAGAUGAAAAACGCGGAUAUGAUCUUCGGGGCAGUAACUAUCAUUUGUGGGAUCGUUGGAACAUUAUCAGGAGGCUUUCUACUUGAUCGCGUCACUGCGACAAUUCCAAAUGCUUUUAAGCUCUUAUCCGGAGCAACAUUUCUCGGGGCGGUAUUUUGCUUCACUGCAUUUACCCUGAAGAGUUUAUACGGUUUCAUCGCUCUCUUUGCCUUAGGAGAGCUUCUUGUGUUUGCAACACAGAUUCGUCUUUCUUCUUCUUCAGGCUCCUGUGAAUUAUGUGUGUUUGCAUUGUGUGAAACCAAGUUUACGACCAUUAUCAAUGGCUAUCUCCACCGUCGCAAUUCACAUAUUCGGCGAUGUUCCUUCUUCGCCUCUUGUCGGUAUCGUUCAGGAUCAUAUCAACAGUUGGAGAAAAACGGCGUUGAUUCUUACAUCGAUUCUGUUCUUAGCUGCUGCAAUAUGGCUUAUAGGGAUAUUCAUAAACAGUGUAGAUCGGUUUAAUCAAGAAGAAACUGGAAGUGAGAACACAAGGAGGCAAGAACUAUCGAUUCUAACUCCAUAAAAACUUUAGCUAAAUAGGAAUCUAUCUGUAUUGAAAUUUUAACAGAGUCUUGUACAGUUCCAAAACACUGUUUAACGUUUUGAAAACAUGAUUCCGCUAUCUUUUUACCAUACCAAAACAUUCAUGAAGUU